UUAAAGUAGUCCGGACCGCAACAAGCGAAAAUAUUGGUUCCAAUAAGUCGGACGUACCUAACGUUCCAUUAUGUCGUAAAAAAACCCGUUUAUUUAACGCGUAACGUUUACAAACAUGACUAGGCUCUUGAAUAUGCUGUAUGCAUCGUAUAUAGUAUUAAAUAUUCUGAGUUAUUCAGUUGUUUUGUCAGCGACGGCACAAGAGAAUAAUGAACAACUGGAUUUGAUGACGUCAGAGGAUGCUGCUUCUGACAUGGAGAACAGCUCAAUGAUUGUGGAGUUGGGAAAGCCGGAGACGCCUCCAAAAAGGCAGUUUAAGACAGCCGAGAUUGCAGAUGCUGUGAUGGCCACUGAAACCCCCAUCGAUCAAUCUGACAUUGAAUCUCUGUUACCGAAAAAUAUGAAGGAGUACCAUACAGGCUUUACUCCACCCUGUGAUGAAAUCUCUGACCAGUGUGCUUCAUCUGCCAACGAUGCUAAACAAGAGACAAACGCUGAACCCUCACAGCAGGUUACAUUGGAUAUAGUGCAUGCAGCCACAGAGGAGCAGAACACCACAGAAAUUGCCAAGACGUACAAGGUGAACUGUGACAAGAGGAACAUCACAGGAAUGGACACUUUCACUGUGCUUGUCCUCAAUACCUCACAGGACCUGAUGGAAUUCCUCAAUGCAAACAGCACUGAAUGCUCUGUGGUGUUGUUCUUCACGGCAUGGUGCCAGUUCUCAGCCAGCCUCGCACCUCACUUUAAUGCCCUGCCCCGGGUUUUUCCCAGCAUGCACUUCUUGGCACUUGAUGCCUCUCAACACAGCAGCCUCUCCACAAGAUUUGGGACUGUAGCGGUGCCCAACAUACUUCUUUUCCAGGGGGCUAAACCCAUGGCACGCUUCAACCACACUGACAGAACACUGGAGACAUUCACCUCUUUCAUUUCCAACCAGACAGGUUUUGAAGCUAGCUCUGACAGAAAUGUGACAGACGCAGACCACCAGGGCCCCCUCUCCAGUGUCCCAGUGAAGGGCAUCGACUGGCUGCUGGUCUUCUCAGUCCUCUUCAUCACAGGCUUCACUUUUUAUGCUAUUUUGCGGACGGACAGCAUCAGAUGGUUAAUACCUGGACAAGAACAUGAGCAUCAGGAGUAGAAAUGAACUUAUCACCACACAGCAAAUCAUGGGAUGUAAAUUAUUUUAACUGUUUGAUUUCCUUUGUGGUUUAUUACAAGUUGUAAAACUAAUAAUUUGAACAUGAUUUUAUUUGCAAUAAAACAUACAACAAUUACU